AUGGAGAGGCCCUGUGGCCUGCCACCCACCAGCCCCAGAGCCGUGGCUGCCCCGCUGAAGGAGGGCUCACCCUGGGCCCUUGGAAUCAGGAGCCCCUUCUGGCUGUGUCACCCCCUCCCCAGGCUGCCACAGCUUCCCGUGACAGUGAGCUCGGAGACCCAACUCCAGUCCCAGCUGGCCCGCAGCCGGUGCACUGAAAACCCUCCCGUCGCCCUCCCCCUGCAGCCGUUAACAGAGCCUCCCACCACGAUACAGACCCGCCUCGCCGAAGUGAUCCGCUGGCCUGCCUACACUCAGCCCUGCAUCUAUCCACGGGGCCCAACGGAAAACAGAGGGUCUGGGGUCGGAGACCCUCCUGCCCCUCUCGCCUCCGUCACGGCCUCCUUCUCCGGGGCCGGGAUCAUUUACUACAGCCGGGAGCGAUACUUCCGCCACGUGCAGCAGGCUGCCGCCUCGGGCCUGGGCAAGUUCAGCAAUGACCCUGUACUGCAGUUCUUUAAAACCUACGGGCUCCUCAGAGAAGAGCACAUCCAGGACGCCAUCGGCAGCCUGGAAAACAUCCGGAACCACCCAGACGUGUCCUUGUGCUCCGUCAUGGCCCUCAUUUAUGCUCACAAGUGCUGUGAGACCGUCGACCAAGAAGCCGUUUGGGAGCUAGAGAGCAGCCUGAAGGACAUGCGCAAGACGGCCAGCGGGACGGCCCUCUACUACGCCGGCCUCUUCCUCUGGCUCGUGGGCCGCGGCGACAAGGCCAAGGACUACGUUGACCGCGCACUGCGUGUGUGCAGCGGCCUCAGCCAGGUCCAUGUGCUCAGAGGCUGGGUGGACCUCACCUCAGACAAGCCCCACGCGGUGAAGAGAUCCAUCAAGUACCUGGAACAGGGAACACAGGACACCAACGAUGUGCUGGGGCUGAUGGGAAAGGUGGGCCGCGGGGGGCGGGAGGGCCCUAACACAGGACACCAACGAUGUGCUGGGGCUGAUGGGAAAGGUGGGCCGCGGGGGGCGGGAGAGCCCUCCUCGGGAAGCUUCCUGCCAGCCCUGGUCCUAAAGAUGCGGCUGUUCCUGGCCCAGCAGGACUGGGAGCAGGCGGUGGAAAUGGGGCACAGAAUCCUAGAAAAAGACGGGAGCAGCAUCGAUGCCUGCCAGGUCCUCGCCGUGCAUGAACUCGCAAGAGGAGGCGUGGCCACAGCUGCUGAUCAUGUUAGAAAUCUGAUUAAGGCACUGGAGACAAGAGAGCCCCAAAAUCCAAGCCUCCAUCUUAAAAAAAUCCUUGUGGUCAGCAGGCUGUGUGGGAGGCACCAGGCGGUCCUGCGGCCCGUGUGCGGCUUCAUCGAGCGCACGUUCAUGGCCACAGCCUCCCCCGCCCACGUGGCCACGGAGCUGGGCUACCUCUUCGUCCUGCAGGACCAAGUGAAGGAGGCGUCCCUGUGGUACUCGGAGGCCAUGAAGUUGGACGAGAGCAGCGUGGCGGCCUUGACAGGGAUCAUCUGGUGCCAGAUCUUGGAAGGCCACCUGGAGGAGGCUGAGCAGCAGCUGGAGUUCCUGAAGGAGGUGCAGCAGUCCCUCGGGAAGUCUGAGGUGCUGGUCUUCCUGCAGGGCCUUCUGGCGUCCAGGAGGCACAGGGGGGAGCAGGAGGCCGCCCCGCUGCUGAAGGAGGCUGCGGAGCUGCACUUCUCCGGCGUGCAGGGCCUCCCCCUGGGCACCGAGUACCUGGAGAAGCUGGACCCCCUCUUCCUGGUCUGCAUUGCCAGGGAGCUCUUGCUCUUCUGCCCCAAGCAGCCCCGGGCACCAGGCCAGAUCGUGUCUCCGCUUCUUAAACAAGUUGCUGUGAUCCUGAGCCCCGUGGUCAAAGUGGCGCCGGCUCUGAUUGAGCCGCUGUACCUGAUGGCUCAGGUCAAGUACCUCUCAGGAGAGCUGGAGACUGCCCAGAGCACCCUGCAGCGCUGCCUGGAGCUGGACCCCUCGUGCGUGGACGUCCACCUCCUCACAUCGCACGUCUACCUGGCGCAGGGCAACUUCGCUAUGUGCUCCCACAGCCUGGAGCUGGGCGUCAGCCACAACUUCCAGGUCCGAGACCACCCCCUCUACCACUUCAUCAAGGCCAGGGUCCUCAGCAAGUGCGGGGACUACCCAGGAGCCAUAAAGACGCUGAGAAUGAUCAUGAAAUUACCAGCUCGCAAGGCGGAAGAGGGCAGGAAGGCCCGCGGGCCCUCCACGCAGCCCGGCGAGCGGCUGUCCAUCUUACUGGAGCUGGUGGAUGCGCUCCGCAAGAACGGGCAACUGCACGAGGCCACCAAGGUCAUGCAGGAUGCCAUCAACGAGUUCAGUGGCACCCCAGAAGAGGUCCGCAUCACCAUUGCCAACGUGGACUUGGCCCUGAGCAAUGGGAACGUGGACAUGGCUCUGAGCAUGCUGAGGAACAUCACGCCCAAGCAGCCCUGCUACGUGGAAGCCAAGGAGAAGAUGGCCGACAUCUACCUGCAGACCCGCAAAGACACCAGCCUCUACAUCGGCUGCUACCGGGAACUCUGUGAGCAUCUGCCUGGCCCCCACACCAGCCUACUACUGGGUGACGCUUUCAUGAACAUUCAGGAGCCUGAGAAGGCCCUGGAGGCGUAUGAUGACGCCUAUAGAAAGAACCCACAUGAUGCGUUCCUGGUCAGCAGGAUGGGCCAGGCCUAUGUGAAGACCCACCAGUACUCCAAGGCAAUUAAUUAUUAUGAGGCGGCCCAGAAGAUGAACGGACAGGACUUUCUGUGCUGUGAUCUGGCCGCCCUGCUCCUGAAGGUAAAGAAGUUCAACAAAGCAGAAAAAGUUUUGAAACACGCAUUGGAACAAGACGUUGUCAAAGACCUCCCCUCCAUGAUGAACAAUGUCAAGUGCUUGCUCUUGCUGGCAAAGGUUUACGAGAGUCAUAAAAAAGAAGACGUGAUGGGAACUUUGAACAAGGCCAUGGAGCUCCAGGCCCAGGUCCUGAAGCGCGUAGCGCUGGAGCAGCCAGAGAUGACCCCCGCCCAGAGACAGCUGGCGGCCUCCAUCUGCGUCCAGUGCGGGGACUGGUACCUGGCAGAGAAGGACUUCGCCAAGGCGGGCCGGUCCUAUAAGGACGCUCUCUUCUACUCGCCUGAGGACAGCAAGGUGCUGCUGGGGCUGGCGGGCCUCUACCUGCUGCAGGGCCACCUGGACUUGUGCGAGCAGCAGUGUGCCACCCUCCUGCAGACGGACAAGAGCCACGAGACAGCCUCAGUGAUGAUGGCUGACCUGAUGUUUCAAAAACAGAACCCUGAGGCUGCCAUCACCCUCUACCGCCAAGUCCUGGAGAAAGCGCCAGAUAAUUUUUUGGUAUGGAAUAAACUCAUUGAUCUGCUAUGGAGAAAUGGCAGACUGGACGAUGCCCCCACCUUCUUUGAACUGGUCAAGAGGAUGCCCAGCCGCGUUGUUUUGGAGCCAGGUUUCAACUACUGCAGAGGCAUCUACUGCUGGCACGUGGGGCAACCCAACGAAGCACUGAGGUUCCUCAACAAGGCACGCAAGGACAGCACUUGGGGCCUGAGAGCCACCUACUACAUGGUGCAGAUCUGUCUGAACCCAGACAACGAGGUCGUGGGCGGAGAGGUUUUCCAGAACCUGGCGGCUGAGAGCAACCCCGCCGCCAGGAAGGACUCAGAGCAGCACGCGGUGCGCACGGCCGAGAAGCUGCUGCGUGACCUCUCCCCGCUCUCGGCCCGGGGCCAGACCCAGCUGCGGCUGCUGCAGAGCCUGUGCCUGCUGGCCACCAGGGAGAAGGCCAACGUGGAGGCGGCGCUGGGCACCUUCGUGGAGAUGGCACAGGCCGAGAAGGACAGCGUCCCCGCCCUACUGGCCAUGGCACAGGCCUACGCGCUGCUGAAGCAGGUCCCCAAGGCGCGCACGCAGCUGAAGCGUCUGGCCAAGGCCCCGUGGACGCCGGACGAGGCCGAGGACCUGGAGCGGGGCUGGCUCCUGCUGGCUGACAUCUACUGCCAGGGCGGCAAGUUCGACCUGGCCUCCGAGCUGCUGCGGCGCUGCGUGCACUGCAACAAGUCCUGCUUCAGGGCCUACGAGUACAUGGGCUUCAUUAUGGAGAAGGAGCAGUCCUACAAAGACGCAGCCGCCAACUACGAGCUGGCCUGGAAGUACAGUCAUCAGGCCAACCCCGCCGUCGGCUUCAAGCUUGCUUUCAACUACUUGAAGGACAAGAGAUUUGUGGAGGCCAUUGAAGUCUGUCACACUGUCCUCAGAGAGCAUCCUAACUACCCCCAAAUCAGAGAAGAAAUUUUGGAAAAGGCCCAAGGGUCUCUGAGGCUCUAGCUGCGCCAGUGGGAGCUGGGGCGGCGGCAAGCCAUCAACUUCCAGAUGCUUCGCAGGGGGCUUGGGAAGAAGAACGGGCCAGUCUGGCCCCAGAGGAAAGACCUCUAAUUGGAAGUGAGGAGUGUGACCUUCCCGAGACUUUCUAGUGUCUGGGUGUCCGUGUUCCCCUCUGUGGCAGGAAAUUAAAUCUAUGUUCCCCAACCAUGAUACAAAUGCCUGCCGAUGAUAUACAGCAAAUAGCGAAAGUUUA